AUAAUCUCAGGACUGCUGCUUCAAUUCUGCUUAUAUACGACGUGGGGUGAAAUAGCAGCACGUUAUAGUCAUGACCUCAGAAUUUUGUUUAGACGACUCUUUUUGGGAUCCUGAACUUUAUAAAUGCAACCGAUGUGAGACUAAGUUUAUGAUUAAAAUGGGGUACGAAUUCAGUCCAAACUGCGGACUGAGCGACAGGGGAGACCAGCUCAAAGGACCGUACAGAAAAUGCAGCGAUGGAUCGUUUAACAAUGGAUCUUUCAUUAAUUGUCAAAAAUGCGAGUUUUGCGCACCGCCACUGUUGGCUGCUUCUGUUUGCAGCGCCAAAUCGGAUACCGUCUGCUGCAGAGAAGGGAAGCAGGUUUUACAUGGACGCUGCAUCGUUCCAACAGUGCAUACCACAGUGAUAACGACUAGUAUUGGACCUUUUACGACAACUGCCUCUGUGACUGAUCCAACCACCUCUAUUGUCAGUCCAGCUUUCUCUGUUGCCCAUCAUCCAAAUAUUAGAGGUGUAACAGGGAUCUCCAUAUGUGCAGGGAUUUUAUCCAUCCUCACUCUAGUAUGUCUGCUACUGUUUAUUAAGAGGUGGAGGACAAGACGUUUCAACGAAGAAAUUAAGAAGUGCUGUAAUGGUGCAAUUCGUGAAUACCUGCCCAAAAAGAGCAUUACUCAAUCCUCGAUGACAUACAAUGUAAUCAAUGAGAACAGUAAUAAUGAUGACAUGACUACAUCUUCGUAUAAUAUAAUAGCUCCUGAGGUCCAGGAUGCCCCUCUGAAAACCGUGCUGAACAACCUGGAUGUUCUCGAGGAGCUUGUGUUGGUGUUGGACCCAGACAUCUCUGGCGCUAAGAACACGCGUCACCUUGCUGCCCAGUGCUCCUUUUCCUUUGCCUGGAUCAACUAUGCUUAUUCCAUGAAGGACCACAAAAGCCCCUUCAUUGCUGUUUUAGAGGGUGUUGUCACCAAGAACCCAGACUGGACUGUUGGUCACCUUGCUGGGCUGUUAAACAGCAUUGAUCGCAAUGACGCAUUGGAGAUUUUAGCAAAGCUCCCUGCAGAAGUGGAAAAAUGAUUAAGUCUGUACAAUUAAGAAAAGAUACUCCUCUAUAGCAUAUUUCAUAGUUAACUUAAGUAUUCCUUGACAGUUGAUAAAGCACAGGAUGAUAAAUUAAUGCAGUGAACCUAUAAAGAUAUUUUGAUUAGAUAAAAAAACUAGGUAUUUCAGUCUGUAACAUUGUGUAAUGGCUAACAGAUGUGUGGCUGGAGUCAAUGCAUUAAAAACAAAGAGUACCGGUAAUUCAUUCUUUCAUCAAACAAAGCCAUUUUACUUUCUUGAAUAAGUAUUUUUGUUACAUUUUACUUUUAGUUAUCAUAAUUUUCAAAACAGUUCUGUCUAGACUAAAACUUUGCAUAACACCAGGGGCGUGUCCAUGAUUUUUUGCCCGGGUUGGCAAGUCAAGUAAGGGGUGGCAUCCAGUAAUUUAGUCUGACUGAGGGGGGUAUUGUCAGUUUCGUUUGAUGGGGUGGGUGACCCGUAGGGCAGCUGUCACCCUUCUGGCCCCACCCCCGCAUAACACUACAUAUUAAUGUUAAGCUUUUAUUUUCUUGUAUCUUGUAAUCCUUACCAAAGUCUCGCUACGUAGACCUGUUUUUACAAUUUUUUAAUUUUUUUAUAUUAAAAGACAUACCAAAUAUGAUUGUUUUUAUUCUGUUAAAUUACUAAUACAGUGUACAACAAAUUAUUUUCAUAAAUAUUUUAUAUGAUUUAUAAUAAUAUUUUACUAAAAAGUUUGACUUUUAAUUCUGGACACAUCUUACAGAUUCCAGAACAUUGUCCUAAAUAUUAUAAUAUCAUGGAAAAAUUCUAAGUUCUGAAAAUAUAAACUUCAUUGCUUGCAAAAGAUUUGGCCACAUAAACAAAUGAAUCUAUGAAUUUAAUAUUACUGGCAUUACAAACUGUAUGCAAUCAUCUGAACAACUUGUGCUUUUGUAUGUUCCGCCCAAAGAUCACAAUAAAUCUUAACCUUUGUUCAAA